CUCAUUCUGCAUUUCCCUUUCCCACCCAGUACUGCUGUCUGGUUUUAUCUGGAUGGUGAUAUAUACAUUAAGCUGCGAAAAUCAUGAAUAUAAUUUUUCUAACUUGUUUUAUUGGGAUAUAUUUGGUGUCAGAAGUGGAUUCACUCAUGGCGAGACAUAGACGGAGGCAUGAACAAGCAUUAAUCGGUGACAUUUCAAAACAAGAGCCUGGAAGUCAGGACAGUAGCCAAGAGAAAAAUGAGGACAUUGGAAUUAUUGACUUGCAAAAUAUUGGACCCGAAAAACGUUUGAGUGACACGGAAGAUUUUCAGCUAGAAGAUGCCAUAUCAAAAUUAGGAAUUUUUCCAAUAAAAUAUUUUCAGAAUAUGGAGAAGAAAAAGGACCAGAAUGAAAAACAUACUUUGAGCAUUGAUGAAACACACAAUGAAAGUAAACAUGCUCAUCAUGAUCUAAAUGAAAAUCAUGACACAGUAGAUGACAAUGAUGAUUAUGAAGAUAGUGUAGAUACAAAGAUUGAGACAAAAGAGUUGAGUGCUUUGAGCAAAGACAGCCAACAGUCAACAAGUAAUGAGGAUCCAAGUGAAGACAAUGUUUCAUCUGGUGACCAGUCAGAAGAAUAUGAUGCUAGUCUAAUGAAACCUAACUUUCAAAGAGAGGAAUUGGAAGAUAAUUACAAAAAGGAGUAUAUCAAUAUUCUGAGGCAAUACUACAAUGACAAAGAUUUCAAGUAUAUUUUAAAUAGCACUCAAGAUGAUAAGAAUGAUGAAAAAGAUAUAGAAACUGAAACUGAAGAAGAGUUCAUAAACAAAGAGGAGCAAAUUCUCAAUCAUAUAAUUUCUUUCACUCCCUCUAAAAAUAACAUUUCUGUUAAUAAAGAUAGUGGAAAUUAUAGUGACAAUGCUCAAAGCUACUCUUCUGGCCAUGGAAGGAAUUAUACUACGCUAGAAAAACAUCAAAUGGAGAUUCCUCAGGUUGACAUGGAGAACACCAUUAAUGAAAAAAAGGAAAGGACAGAGAAAGGCACAAACGAUACUAUGUAUAUUAAUAGGAUAAGGGAAAAUGAACAAAAUGGAAGCAGUAGAAAUAAAAAAUUGCUAGUCCCUGAACAUGUCGAUCACACACUUCUCAACCCAACUAGUAUGGAGAACCAUAGCAUUCUUCUCCAUGACAAUGAUAUAGAAGAUGACCAAGGUGACUAUGUAUUUAAUACCUUGUUGGACCAGGCUGAAGAUAGUGUUCUUGAGAAACCCUUACCUGACCCAUGUAGGAAUUUCCACUGUAAAAGGGGGAAAAUGUGUGACAUUGAUGAAGAAGGAAAUCCAAGUUGUGUUUGCCAGGAGCCAAGUGCCUGCCUUUUUGGGAAUGUAAAUGAUAAUGUUUGUGGCACUGAUAACAAGACAUAUGAAAGCCCAUGUCAUCUCUUUGGUACCAAGUGCAAGCUUGAAGGAACUAAAGAAGGCAACAGUCUACAUCUGGAUUACCAGGGAUCAUGCAAAUAUAUUCCUCACUGCACUGACUACGAAUUAGCGGUUUUUCCAUUCAGAAUGAGAGACUGGUUGAAAAAUGUACUUCUACAAUUGUAUCAGAGAGAUUUAGAGAAUUCUGGAUUUCUCUCGGAAAAGCAACGGGACAAGGUAAAGAAAAUCUAUGAAAAUGAGAAACGCCUUCUGGAAGGGGAUCAUAGCAUUGGCUUGUUGUUAAGAGAUUUUGAGAAAAACUAUCACAUGUAUGUGUAUCCAGUACAUUGGCAGUUUCAUCAGCUUGAUCGACAUACAGUGGACAGGCUGCUUACACGCUCAGAGCUUGCUCCUCUUCGUACCCCCUUGCUUCCAAUGGAGCAUUGCGUGACCGCCUUCUUCCAACAGUGUAACACCAACAGUGAUAAACACAUCUCUCUCAAGGAGUGGUGUCAUUGUUUUGGAAUUAAAGAAGAAGAGAUAAAUGAAGAUCUUUUGUUCUGAAACACAAGUGAAAUGUGAUAAAGAAGAUCCUUACAUCUAACACCCAUGCUACUUCUAGAAAUUCAAAUACAAAUGUAAUGUUUAAUGUAAUCCUUUGUACAAAUACAAUACAUUAAAGGAACACUCCAGACUCCUAAAGCACUUUAGCUUGCUGAAGUGUUUUAUGUUUAAAGAAUGUGCCAUUAUGUUUUAAUUAGGAGUAUAUCACCUAAACAGUAUUUUUUUUUUUAUAUAUUAGGGCAAUGGAGUGUCCACUUUAGGACCUGUUUUCUAAAACUGAUGAAUGAAUGAUAGGUUAUGUUUGAGUUUCACAUUAAUUACAUCACUGGUUGUCGAACCCAUCCUCAAGAGUCUUCGACAGUAUAAGUUGUAUCAGUAUGCCCUGAAAAACUAUUUUGUAUUCCCAAUAGCUUGGACUCCUGGUGACUCAAGAUGUAUUACUGUGUGCAUAAUAUAACAUUUAAUAGACUAACUGUUAUAACCUUUUGUGAGUCUUCAUGUCUACCAUAGUUAAAAUGUUUUAAUAACACACUGCCUUUUCACAACCAUUUAACGCACCUCCUAUUAUAUUAAAAUA